UGCAGCACAGGUUACUCAUGUCCAUCCGCGACUUCUUUGCGGGGGUGCAGAAGACGGAAGUUAAGGCUCUCGUUCAGGACCCAGGCUAUGGGGACCUGGAGAAGCACGUUCUUGGAUCGAUGGGAGUCCAGGUCUCCGACCACCCUAUUCGAGGCUUUCUUGAGGUGGACAGCGAAACGGUGGUUGUCUCCAUUGCACCCCAAAUCCCGGUGAAACAGAUUAUUACCGACAUUAGCAGCCCGGCCUUGAUUAUAUGGGACGCAGCUUCGGGCUUGUUCGAGGAUCCGGACGGGCCCAGCAACCAAAGCUGGAGAGAGAUUGGGAAAAGCCCGUACGAUCAAACGGGACCUAGCUGGUGUCCUCGGCCCUUAUUACUUGAAUUGGAUCCUGACACUUUGCGCGCUAUUAGGAGUGAUUAUACCUCUUCGAGAGUUGAGGGAAGACUCGAGUACGAGUACAAGUCUUAUCCACUGUCGGGCGACUGGAGCCCUGCGGUCAGCAGUCACUUGCAGCUGGAGAUGUUCGUCAGGAAGGAGGAGUGAGAGACAACCAUCUGGAGAUACGCAUCAACGUAUGGAGGUUAGCUGGUACUGGGAAUCCUGAGAUAGCCGGGACAGGUCAGCGGGCCUGGGCGUCCCGUCUCGUCUCUUGGUCAUAGAUAUCUCGGUCAUAUCACAAUCAAACGAGCAUCGGCGGAGUGUAACCAUAUG